AAAAAUCUCCAAGCUGUUAGAGUAACAGCAACCUGAGGAAGAGGAAGAAGAAGAAGGAACAACACAAUGAGUAGCAAAGCUCUACUUUUCUCUUUCUCUCCUCCUUCACCUUCUUCCUCCCCACAAUCCCGCACCAGAACCACCCAUUCCCCCUACCCGUUCCCAUCCCACUUCCUCUCCCGCCGGAGGGGAGCAGGAAAGGUUUGGGCGGAUGUCAAGUCCGAGAAGCAGGUGCCUGAAUCCUCCAGUAAGUACCAGGAUCUAUCGCUUCACAAGAAAGUUGCACGUGCUUUGGAUAUUGGUGAAGAUGUGGAAGAUGAAGAAACAUUAUCAUUUUCACCAUGGUGGGAGGUUUUUCCGAAAAGAUGGGUUAUUGUUAUUCUUUGUUUCUCAGCUUUUCUUCUAUGUAACAUGGAUAGAGUAAAUAUGAGUAUUGCUAUACUUCCUAUGUCGGCAGAGUACAACUGGAACCCAACCACUGUAGGUUUAGUACAGUCUUCUUUCUUUUGGGGAUACCUUCUCACUCAGAUUGCUGGUGGAAUAUGGGCCGACACAGUGGGAGGAAAGCAGGUUUUGGGAUUUGGCGUCGUCUGGUGGUCCAUUGCUACAAUCCUCACUCCCGUAGCUGCCAAACUCGGGUUGCCUUUCCUACUAGUUGCCCGUGCAUUCAUGGGAGUUGGUGAGGGGGUUGCUAUGCCGGCCAUGAAUAAUAUUCUUUCGAAAUGGGUUCCUGUGGCAGAGAGAAGUAGAUCAUUAGCUCUGGUAUACAGUGGCAUGUACCUUGGAUCAGUCACCGGACUCGCCUUUUCCCCUUUCCUAAUUCAUCAGUAUGGAUGGCCGUCGGUGUUUUACUCCUUUGGUUCUCUAGGGACUGUUUGGUUUUGUAUAUGGCUUAAUAAGGCACAUAGUUCACCACUUGAUGACCCUGAAAUGCUGCCAGCAGAAAAGAAGUUGAUUGCUACAAACGGUAUGUCCAAGGAUCCUGUGAAGGAAAUACCUUGGAGAUUAAUUUUGUCAAAACCACCCGUCUGGGCCCUGAUAGUUUGCCACUUUUGCCACAACUGGGGAACUUUCAUUCUUCUUACAUGGAUGCCAACAUACUAUAACCAAGUGUUGAAGUUCAAUCUUACAGAAUCUGGACUAUUUUGUGUUUUACCAUGGCUCACAAUGGCAAUUUCUGCAAAUUUUGGUGGUUGGAUUGCAGACACUCUUGUGACCCGAGGUGUAUCUGUUACAACGGUCCGCAAGAUAAUGCAAACAGUUGGGUUUCUAGGUCCUGCUUUUUUCUUGACUCAAUUGAGCCACAUUCAUUCUCCUGUGAUGGCUGUUUUGUGUAUGACUUGCAGUCAGGGAACAGACGCAUUCUCUCAGUCUGGAUUAUAUUCAAACCAUCAAGAUAUAGCCCCUCGAUAUUCUGGGAUAUUGCUCGGUCUAUCCAACACCGCUGGAGUACUGGCUGGUGUUCUUGGAACAGCAGCAACAGGUUACAUUCUACAGCAUGGCUCAUGGGACGAUGUUUUCAAGGUUUCAGUUGGGCUGUAUUUGGUUGGAACCGUAGUGUGGAACCUUUUUUCGACUGGUGAAAAGAUCAUAGACUAACAUACCGUGACCGAUAAUUGAUACUUUCUCAUGCAAGUACAUAUAGAUACAUCUCGAGUACUUUCUCACCGAAGGAGGACUAAGAACAGAAAAGAGUUCAAUCACGAAGCAACUCAUUUCAUCGGAAAUUUAUGCCCGACAAAAUGGUAUAUUUUGUGGAUAGCGCGUUUCGUUGGCCUCGAUAGAUGGAUUGGAUUAGCUUUAUUUAAUCCAGAUGUAUCUUUUAUACUGUUUUUCCCAUAUUUGGUGGGAAGUUCAUAGUGAUUUCUUAAAUUAACACAUCCUAUACGUGUAAAUAUAAUUUCCAAACCAACACAUCAAUUUUGUGACAAUGAAUCAAGAAAAGUAGUCUAUGUAGUAUUCUUCAUGGAGCUUCUUUUGUCUUUC